AUGAAAAUAUUGAAUGGAAACACUGGCCACAUUCACUUGCCCGACCUGCCAGAGCCACCCGAGCCACCCCCGGCUCCCCAACCCAAGGCUCUCGUUUUGCGCAAAUACCAAGAAGAGUGUAUCCAGUCUGUUUUGCAAUCCAUCGAGGAUGGCCAUAAGCGUUUGGGUGUAUCCCUGGCUACUGGCAGCGGCAAGACUGUCAUCUUCACUCAACUUAUUGGUCGAGUCAAGCCUCGGUCGGGGAAGGCAACCCAAACCCUUAUCCUAGCCCACCGGCGAGAACUCGUCGAGCAAGCCGCCCGGCAUUGCUCCAACACGUACCCGGAUAAGACCAUCGAGCUCGAGCUCGGCAAGCUAUCGGCUUCCGGCACUGCCGACAUCACCGUGGCCAGCUUGCAGAGCAUCAUCUCUAGAGACCGCCUUUUGAAGUUUGACCCUGACCGAUUCAAGCUGGUUCUUGUUGAUGAGGCCCAUCACAUCGUUUCCCCAGGCUAUUUGAAGGUGCUGGCUCAUCUCGGUCUCAGGCACAAGCAGUCCGACUCUCCGCAUUUGGUCGGCGUGUCGGCUACAUUUUCUCGUUUCGACGGGCUCCAGCUGGGCGCGGCCAUCGACGAGAUAGUAUACCACAAGGACUAUGUGGAUAUGAUCAGCGAGAAGUGGCUCAGCGAUGUCGUUUUCACCACGGUCGAGAGCAAGGCAGACUUGUCUAGAGUCAAGCGAAAGGGCCAAAGUGGGAGUGGCGAGUUCGAUACCAGUGCCCUCUCCCACGCGGUUAACACCGUCGAGCUCAACGACGUCGUCGUCCGCGCUUGGUUCGCCAAGGCCGCCGGGAGGAAAUCCACUCUGGUGUUCUGUGUCGACCUGAACCAUGUCUCCGCCUUGACCCAGAGAUUUCGCCAUUAUGGCGUAGAUGCUCGGUUUGUGACAGGCGAUACGCCGACGCGCGACCGAGCUGAACGCUUGGACGCCUUCAAGAAGGGCGAGUUCCCCGUGCUCGUCAACUGCGGUGUCUUCACCGAGGGGACUGACAUCCCCAACAUCGACUGUAUCGUGUUGGCGAGGCCAACCCGAUCGCGAAACCUCUUGAUCCAGAUGAUUGGCCGCGGUAUGAGGUUACACUCUGGCAAGCAGGAUUGCCACAUCAUCGACAUGGUAGCUGGCCUCGAGACCGGCAUCGUCACCACCCCCACCUUGUUUGGGCUGGACCCUGACGAGUUGGUGAACGAGGCAUCGGCCGACAAGAUGUUCGAGAUAUUCGACCGUAAAGAAGCAGAGAAAGCGAGGGAGACUCAAGUACGGCAGCGCAUGGCCGAGGCCGAGUCGACGGGGCACUCGUACAACGUCACCUUUACCGAAUACGACUCAGUCCUGGAUCUAAUUGCCGACACGUCGGGCGAGAAGCAUAUUCGCUCAAUCAGUCAGCAUGCCUGGGUCCAGAUUACCCCAGACAAAUUCAUCCUCAACGGUCCCGAGGGAACGUACCUGAAACUGGAGAGUGUUCCCGACUCAGGACCCGGCCAACCCAAGUUUAAGGCAUGGGAAGUGAGGGCUCUGCCAGCAGGGGUAUCAAAAUCCCCUUAUGCAGCUCCCCGUGAGGUUCUAAGCACCGUACUUUUUGCAGAUGCCGUUCACGGCUGCGACAGCUAUGCCAAAGAGAACUACCCCUUCUACAUCAUCGGGACAAGAUUGGCUUGGAGGAAGGCACCAGCCACCGAGGGGCAGCUCAAAUACCUGAAUAAGCUGAGAGGCGCCAAGGAAGAACUGGGGCCAGAAGACAUCACCAAGGGCAAGGCGGCCGACAUGAUCACCAAGCUCAAGCACGGUGCCCGAGGUCGGUUUGCGAGCAUCGAGGCUGUCAAGAAGAAGCAACAUAAAUCGGCCGUUUCCGAAGAGCUGUACCUUACAAGGAAACGCAAUGAGCGUGUCAUGGUUGGGCCGUUGUCUGCUUGA